CAUCAGAAACAACACCACAAGCAGAAUCAGCAGCAUCAGGAGGAGAAUCACAAGCAGAAUCAGCAGCAUCACAAGGAGAAUCAGCAGCAUCACAAGGAGAAUCAGCAGCAUCACAAGCAGAAUCAGCAGCAUCAGGAGGAGAAUCACAAGCAGAAUCAACAGUAUCACAAGCAGAAUCAGCAGCAUCACAAGCAGAAUCAUCUGCAUCACAAGCAGAAUCAGCUGCAUCACAAGCAGAAUCAAUUGAAUCACCAGCAGAAUCAGCUGCAUCACAAGCAGAAUCAGUUGAAUCACCAGCAGAAUCAGCUGCAUCACAAGCAGAAUCAGUUGAAUCACCAGCAGAAUCAGCUGCAUCACAAGCAGAAUCAGCAGCAUCAGGAGGAGAAUCACAAGCAGAAUCAACAGUAUCACAAGCAGAAUCAGCAGCAUCACAAGCAGAAUCAUCUGCAUCACAAGCAGAAUCAGCUGCAUCACAAGCAGAAUCAAUUGAAUCACCAGCAGAAUCAGCUGCAUCACAAGCAGAAUCAGUUGAAUCACCAGCAGAAUCAGCUGCAUCACAAGCAGAAUCAGUUGAAUCACCAGCAGAAUCAGCUGCAUCACAAGCAGAAUCAGCAGCAUCAGGAGGAACAUCAGAAGCAUCACAAGCAGAAUCAGCUGCAUCACAAGCAGAAUCAGCUGCAUCACGAGCAGAAUCAGCAGCAUCAACAGAAGCAUCACAAGGACAAUCAGCAUCAUCAGGAGGAACAUCACAAUCAGAAGCACAACCAGCAGCAUCACAAGCAGAAUCAGCAGCAUCACAAGCAGAAUCAGCAGCAUCACAAGCAGAAUCAGCUGCAUCACAAGCAGAAUCAGCAGCAUCAGGAGGAACAUCAGAAGCACAGCCAGCAGCAUCACAAGCAGAAUCAGCAGCAUCACAAGCAGAAUCAGCUGCAUCACAAGCAGAAUCAGCAGCAUCAGGAGGAACAUCAGAAGCACAGCCAGCAGCAUCACAAGCAGAAUCAGCAGCAUCACAAGCAGAAUCAGCAGCAUCACAAGCAGAAUCAGCAGCAUCACAAGCAGAAUCAGCAGCAUCAGGAGGAACAUCAGAAGCACAGCCAGCAGCAUCACAAGCAGAAUCAGCAGCAUCACAAGCAGAAUCAGCAGCAUCAGGAGGAACAUCAGAAGCACAGCCAGCAGCAUCACAAGCAGAAUCAGCAGCAUCACAAGCAGAAUCAGCAGCAUCACAAGCAGAAUCAUCUGCAUCACAAGCAGAAUCAGCUGCAUCACAAGCAGAAUCAGCUGCAUCACGAGCAGAAUCAGCAGCAUCAACAGAAGCAUCACAAGGACAAUCAGCAUCAUCAGGAGGAACAUCACAAUCAGAAGCACAACCAGCAGCAUCACAAGCAGAAUCAGCAGCAUCACAAGCAGAAUCAUCUGCAUCACAAGCAGAAUCAGUUGAAUCACCAGCAGAAUCAGCUGCAUCACAAGCAGAAUCAGCAGCAUCAGGAGGAACAUCAGAAGCACAGCCAGCAGCAUCACAAGCAGAAUCAGCAGCAUCACAAGCAGAAUCAGCAGCAUCACAAGCAGAAUCAUCUGCAUCACAAGCAGAAUCAGCUGCAUCACGAGCAGAAUCAGCAGCAUCAACAGAAGCAUCACAAGGACAAUCAGCAUCAUCAGGAGGAACAUCACAAUCAGAAGCAGAAUCAGCAGCAUCACAAGCAGAAUCAGCAGCAUCACAAGCAGAAUCAGCAGCAUCACAAGCAGAAUCAUCUGCAUCACAAGCAGAAUCAGCUGCAUCACGAGCAGAAUCAGCAGCAUCAACAGAAGCAUCACAAGGACAAUCAGCAUCAUCAGGAGGAACAUCACAAUCAGAAGCACAACCAGCAGCAUCACAAGCAGAAUCAGCAGCAUCACAAGCAGAAUCAUCUGCAUCACAAGCAGAAUCAGUUGAAUCACCAGCAGAAUCAGCUGCAUCACAAGCAGAAUCAGCAGCAUCAGGAGGAACAUCAGAAGCACAGCCAGCAGCAUCACAAGCAGAAUCAGCAGCAUCACAAGCAGAAUCAGCAGCAUCACAAGCAGAAUCAUCUGCAUCACAAGCAGAAUCAGCUGCAUCACGAGCAGAAUCAGCAGCAUCAACAGAAGCAUCACAAGGACAAUCAGCAUCAUCAGGAGGAACAUCACAAUCAGAAGCAGAAUCAGCAGCAUCACAAGCAGAAUCAGCAGCAUCACAAGCAGAAUCAGCAGCAUCACAAGCAGAAUCAUCUGCAUCACAAGCAGAAUCAGCUGCAUCACAAGCAGAAUCAGCUGCAUCACGAGCAGAAUCAGCAGCAUCAACAGAAGCAUCACAAGGACAAUCAGCAUCAUCAGGAGGAACAUCACAAUCAGAAGCACAACCAGCAGCAUCACAAGCAGAAUCAGCAGCAUCACAAGCAGAAUCAGCAGCAUCAACAGGAGCAUCACAAGCACAAUCAGCAUCAUCAGGAGGAGCAUCACAAGCAGAAUUAGCAGCAUUAGGAGAAACAUCACAAGCAGAAUCAGCUGCAUCACCAGCAGAAUCAGCAGCAUCAGAAGGAACACCACAAGCAGAAUCAGCAGCAUCACAAGCAAAAUCAGCAGUAUCACCAGCAGAAUCAACAGCAUCAAGCGGAGCAUCACAGUUAGUAUCAUCAGCAUCAAGAGUAGCAUCACUUGCAGUAUCAUCAGUAUCAAGAGGAGCAUCACUGGCAGCAUCAGGAGUAU